GCGUCUCGUCAGUGUCAAAGCAUAUAAGGUGUCAGAAGCAUCUCAGUCAAAGCAAAACCGAUACCCAUGACCCAUAUCGGCAUAAAUGGCUUCGGACGUAUCGGCAGGAUUUUCCUAAGGGCAGCCUUGGAGCAUGACGCUGAAGUACUGGCGAUCAAUGAUCCAUCAGGUACCCCAAAGUACUUGGCUUAUCUCUUCAAGCACGACUCAACUCAUGGCAGGUUCGGGGGGAAAGUUUGCAACGACGAGAAACAUCUUAUCGUCGGCGAGAAGAAAAUCAGGGUUUUCCACGAGACCGAUCCGAAAAAGGUUCCUUGGAAGGAUGCUGGAGCAGAAUACGUGGUGGACAGUUCAGGGCAAUUCACCACGAUAGAAAAGGCAUCAGUUAUUCUGCAAGCGGGUGCAAAGAAGGUUAUUAUCAGCGCCCCAUCUAGUGACGCUCCUAUGUUCGUGUGCGGAGUUAAUUUGGAUAAAUACGACCCGAAAUAUAAGGUGAUCUCCAUGGCCUCCUGUACCACCAACUGCCUGGCCCCGUUGGCCAAGGUGGUCCACGAGAAAUUCGGCAUCGUCGAAGGCCUGAUGACGACCAUCCACGCCGUGACCUUGAGCCAGAAGGUCAUAGACGGCGCUGCCAAGAAGUCCUGGAGGGACGGCAGGGGUGCCUUGCAGAACAUCAUUCCGGCUUCCACGGGAGCUGCCAAAGCAGUGACCAAGGUGAUACCGGAUCUCAAAGGAAAAUUGACAGGUAUGGCAUUUCGUGUUCCAGUAGCAACAGGUUCUGUAGUGGAUCUGACUGUUCGUUUGUGUAAACCAGCCAACUACGACCUCAUCAAGGCAACAGUACUCGAGGCAUCUACAGGACCUCUCAAAGGGAUCUUGGGAUAUACCGAAGAAGAUAUAGUUUCCACCGAUAUCAUAGGUAGCGGGUGUACUUCGAUAUUUGAUGCUAAUGCCGGAAUAUCACUCAACGAUAACUUCGUUAAAUUGGUGAGUUGGUAUGACAAUGAGACCGGCUAUGCCACCAAGUUGGUGGACCUGAUCAAAUACGUACAGAAGAAAGAUUGCGAGGAUCCUAGCAAGAAAGAGGACCCCUGUAAGAAGGAACAGAAGAGUAACCUUUGCGAAAAGGAAAAGAAGAAGGAUCCUUCUCAAAAAAAAUGCUAAUCAUUGGAUGUCUUAUCUACUGUAUUUAAUCAUACAUUUUAUGGAAUCAAAUGGACAAAUAUACCUAUUU